AGCAAAACCACGCAGAAUACGACGAGGUAAAAUAAAACAGACACGCGCUCCAGCAGCACGCACUGCUGGCACACGACCGAAGGCCAGUCGAGUCGCCCGCCCGUGCCCGCGUCACGCUUGGCUCCUGCAAUUGUACACGGCCCUCACCCAGCUUUGCUCCGCCCGUCUCGCCCGGUUUACGCUGCCUGCUGCCUGGCCUGCUUCCGGACCGUCACAAGAGGCACAGACUCCAUCCGUCCUCGCCGUGCUGACGUGACGUGACCUGGCCUGACUUGACUGCACUUGGGCCUUGCCGGCAAGCACCAAUCAAUCCCAACGAGGUGCUCCCACACCAGACAGGCGUCUUCGUUCGCGGCGACGGCUGAGACUUGUGAACGGGGAGACAUCCCGCGCCGGAUCGCCUGUGGACUGUGUUCGAACGAGCGUCGCUGGCUGCGUCUCGUCCAGGCUUUGCGUGACGCCAGGUACCCGUGUUACGACUGCACAGCAUGGCCUACGCAAGCUCCGCUCGAGAGGUGCCGAAACGGCUUGGGUGGCUCCCCCUCGCUCCAUCUGUCUUCUCGUUUUUGACAGGAUUUGCCCGUCAGCAGCCACCACCUUGACGAAAGCACCUCUGCGGCUGUUGUUCGCAAUUGCAUCAUCUGCAUGGACGGCAUUUGCCGAUUUGGUCUCAUCGUGCGUGAGAAUACGGCCCGAGACAUAGAAAGCAUCAAAGUGGGAGAGAGCACGCGCUCUGGUUCUUCGAGAUGCCCGUCAGGCCGCCGGCGUCUUUGCGUUGUUCAGCAUCCGUUUCUGAGGCCGCAACGCCUUUCACGCCCACUCCUCGACCAGCCGUUGCUGAGGCUCAGCAAGCUCGACCUUGGAUCACGGUACUGGCAGGAACCCUCUCACACACAUGCACGCGCACACACGUAUACGUGCUGUCAUAUAAUACACACACAAAACACACACACACACACACAUAUAUAUAUAUAUAUAUAUGUAUAUGUAUGUAUCAUAAAUAUAAUAGGUAUAUACAUGGAAGAAAGUAGACUGUUUCGACCAUGCAUGAACAGGCCCCGUUGGGGGGAAAAAAAAAUAAAAAAUAAAAAUUCUUCACGUGAGUGAC